GCGGACGUCUCCACGGCCAAGACCAACCGCUGCUUCGCCGCGGCCUACGGGACAGAAGAGGACGCGGUGCCCCACCUGCGGGGAUCGCUGUUCCCCGAGGAGCUGCCGCCCGCCCUGGAGGCGCUGGAGCCGCGGGACGAGUCGCUGGCCUACGACGCGGUGAAGUACACGCUGGUGGUGGACGAGCACACGCAGCUGGAGCUGGUGAGCCUGCGGCGCUGCACGUCGGUGCUGAGCGACGACAGCGACCUGCUGCGGGCCUGCGAGCGCUGCGAGCUGGAGGAGGACGAGGCGGCCUUCGGCGACGGGCUGGCGGCCCCCGACGUGCACAGCUCCUCCGAGGACUCCUCCCCCGAGGCCGACCUGCAGUUCUCCAAAAAGUUCCUCAACGUCUUCGUCAACAGCACCUCCCGCUCCUCCAGCACAGAGUCCUUCGGGCUGUUCUCCUGCAUGGUGAACGGAGAGGAGCGCGAGCAGACCCACCGCGCCGUGUUCAGGUUCAUCCCGCGCCACGAGGAUGAGCUGGAGCUGGACGUGGACGACCCCAUCCUGGUGGAGCUGGAGGAGGACGACUACUGGUACCGCGGCUACAACAUGCGGACGGGAGAGAGGGGCAUCUUCCCUGCAUUCUACGCCCACGAAGUCAUUGGUCAGGCCAGGGAUGUCAUCGGUCUGAAGAGGAACCCGUGCUGGGUGGAGCGCUUCAACGUGCAAUUCCUGGGCUCGGUGGAGGUGCCGUACCACCAGGGCAACGGCAUCCUCUGUGCAGCCAUGCAGAAGAUUGCCACCACCAGGAAGCUGACGGUUCACCUGCGCCCGCCGGCCAGCUGCGACCUGGAGAUCACACUGCAGGGCAUCAAACUCAUCCUGACAGUCAACGAGUACAGCCGGGAUGAGGAGUUUGAGCGUUGCAGCCACUUCUUCCAGAUGAAGAACAUCUCCUUCUGUGGGUGCCACCCCCGGAACAGCUG